AUGGAGAUCGAAAGCCGAGUCGAACUACCCGACGGACAUCUCGUGAACCUCUCACCUCGACCUCAUAAUCACGGCCAAUACCAGGCAUACCGUGCCGACUACGCAACCGAGCUCUCCGCAAACUCUCCUUCCCGAUACAACUUUUCUGAUAACCGUGCUGAAUCCGCGUCCCCCAGAGCUUCAGAGGACACGAUGUUUCACAGAGCAAAAGCUACCAAGCUUCCGGUACCGAAGUCUUUUGCUGACAAGGGAAGGGACCAAAGAAACCAAACCCCCAGCCCUACCGCAAUUCCGAAACCAUCACCGACGACCUUCUCCUCCGGUGGAUCUGGUGGCCCGGCUACUCAAUCAGGAGAUCGCGGCCGAGAACACACGUGGAAGAAAUUGAGGGAUCGAUUUGACAAAGACUCAUCUCCGCUAUCUCAACGGUCAUCCUUUGUUCGGUCCAGAAACACCGACCAGAAUGGUUCUCCAGAUCAUUCCAGUGCACGAAAGCCGAAUAGGGAGCAACCUGCUAGCCGCGGUGGUCGCUCCGCUAUUCCUAGCCCACCAAGCAACAGAAACAUUGCGCAUGGUGCACGCAACAGGUUGACUGUCAAUGUAAACAGCCAGAAACAAUGGACAGAUCACGAUUCCGACGACGCCCAUCAUAAGCCAGGAAGAUCCGACACCACAGACUCAGGCCCGGAUUCUCAACCAUCCGUCUCUCCCAUCUCAGCCGGCGAAUCAGUCGCUGAUUGGGAGGACAGAUUUGUAGUUCACAUGCCUUCUGCGAAAGACCCAAACCCACCUACGAUGACAACCCAGCAAAUUUCUGAGUAUCAGAAGAGCAUAGAGCGGAAGAAACGAGAGCGUCAUCGAGGUCGAGUGUCUGAUAUCAGUGCAGCCCCCAGCUCCCGCAACGGCUCUGCGGAAAGAGAUAACAGCUCACAACCGCCUCAAACAACACAGCCAGAACAAAGGACAGAGAAGACAUUCCAGACCUACAACGGCCGACCAUCUCAGUCUCAACCAGAAACGGAUCGACAGCAAGCGACAUCUUCCCAGCCCCAAACCUCCCUAUCCCCGGCGCAGUUGAACAACUAUUACAGCCCGGAGGAGAUUGGCAAGAACAGAAUCAGCACGAUAUGGGAAGAGUCUUCUCCAUCGAAACCAAAAGACAAAGUCAAAGGGCGAAAUGAUGGUUCUUUUUUAGGGUGCAAAGAAAUAAAUCCCGGCGGCAAGAAUCCAGACGAAAUUCUUCUAUUUUCUUCCCCCGAGGAGGCCAAAAAUCUUCAACCUCGCCCUCUCGCUGUAGGGGCAAAGAAAAAGCCAAAGGAAGAGACGCGGACGGCUGUGUAUCAGAAGCAGCAAAAAGCGGAGGCCGGGAACAAUGCUAUUCAAGAAGAAUGGACCGAAAUUUCUCAGAAUUCGAAGCAUGCCCAAUGCUUGAAGCUGUCAUCCACGACCCUGUGUCAGGAUCCCAAUUACUCCGAUCACGAGAUCGAGAGAGCGGACUCCCAGGGAUCGAGCAAAGAGAACACCCAUCCGAGACCGAGUUUCGAGAGCGCGAAGGAGCAUCCCGAAGACGUUCGCGGGGACGACGAUGUGUUCAUUAUCACACCCACUGUCACCCGUACAAUGCUCCCUUCCUCAAUCGCGGAGAAAAAGACCCUCAAUCUCAAGACCCAAGGGUUGCGACGUCCCGGUGGUACUGGCCUGUCGGGCACAGGCGAAGCCGUGAAGGCCGUACGGGCAAAGGCUCAAGUCGUCUCCACACCUUCUGGGUUGCGACCAGCCGGAGGAGCCUUGCAGAUGAAAUCGACAGCACCAUCAAUAGCAUUAUCCAAAACCACAGCGUCCCUGAGCAGCAUCCCCAAGCCCAAGGAGUCCCCCACAUCCAAGCAAGCCCCCCAGACAAAAGACGCCUCGGCCCGAACCACUCCAUCCAAAAACACCCCGUCCAAAGGAACACCCUCCAAAGACGCACCGUCCAAAGAAACGCCGACAAAAAGGACUCAGUUGGAAGACACCCCGUCGGAAGAAAGCCCACUCAAGGCCAAGAUCGACCAAGAGAAAAACAUCAAUCAACCAACAAGCUCUAUCCGUGGAUUCAUCCGUACCUCCGGACUAGGACGGUCAGGCGGCAUCGUUAGGUCUCCCACCGACAGCCUGGCGACAAUUUUACGCAAUGGUACCGAGUCUCUGCGUAAUAGAGCGGAAUCCUUCCGUAAUGCCAAUGGCUCUCUCUAUUUCAGCAGUCGCAAGGGGUCUCCGGUAUCUCUAGCUUCGGCGCCGUCCAGGGAUAAUUCGGAAUCAUCACGAUCCGAAAGGUCUUUCAGGUCGGCGUUGUCUUCGGUGAAGGACACACCACCAUGCUCGGCCAAGCCAUCGCCUGUGAAAAAAUCAUCUCCAGCCGCAAAGCGCGUUUCUAUUGACAGAGGCCCACCGCAAGAGAUAACUCCUCCCCGUGGGUCGAGACUUCCUCGCCACAACAGUCCUCCACGCCAGAAAACACCAACACCACAGCGGGCCCAGGUGUCUUCACGAGAAACAUCUCCUUCGGCGGACGAUGAGCGUCUCGCGGCCGAGAGACAUGCCCGUGCAGAAAGACUCGAGAAAUUCAAGGAAGAAGCACGCAUACGACGCGCAACGAGAAUGGCUGCAGGUGCGAACCCAGAUAAUCUCGCAGACAAUCCCAUCGACGAGAAGGAGAUCGCUGAACUGGAUGGCCAUCAGGUAACCGGGUCCAAACCCAAAAAAUAUCUGCACCCCAAUAUCACGGAUGUCUGUGACGAUUUGCGCGAGGGACUGCACCAGGGAGAUAAACACGAUUCCAUCAAAGAAGGCGCCAACGCCCUAGCGCUGUCAAUGGUUUUCGAAAUCGUCGUCAUGGCCAUCACCCAAAUGCACAAGGCCGUUCACAAUGGCACUGACAGCCAAUACGCCAAGGUGCUGAUAAACAAUGUUCUCAACAUGGCUCGGCAUUGCUACCGGGUCUUCAAUCGCGUGUACCGGGUUAUCUCCGAAUACCAAGCAACAGGCAAAUGGCCUCGAGCCAAAAACGACAAGGCCAUCAGUGGUUUCUUGAUGGAGCUCCUCCAGGCCGUUCUGUAUCUUUUUGUCCUCGGAUUCGGCGCCUUGGUCGUUGGACGUGCGGCAAGCUACGUCCUUCUUGUUGGAAGUUGGAUGCUAUGGUUUGCCAAACCAUUUGCCUGGGCGGUCCAGGGUAUCGGUCGUGCUCUGGUAAUGUGA